CAAUUAGGCCACAGCCAACGCAACCAGGUUCACAACCAGGUUCGUUGCACCUAUGGUUCCUGCCUCGCGAGUUGGACCCGCUGAUCGCGUUGAGGAGUGUUGAUGAGUGCCGCGCGAGCCAAAACUUGCGUGCGCUAACUUUCGGUUUUUUUCUCUUUCUCCUUCUGGCAGGGAACAGGAUGGUAAAAUAACCAGCGCCUCACGCAACUCCCAAACACACCCCCACACGCGCAUCAUCCUGCCAACCACCAAAUCAUGAAACGACAGGAUAACCUAACAUCAGUCAACCUGCCACCGACGUCAUGCCCGCCGAGUCCGACGACGAUGAAUACUGCACCGUCCGCAUUCCUCGCAAAUAUCUUGAUCGUCUCCCCGCUGAUGUUCGUUCAGCCGCGAAACCCCUCAAACGCACCGACAACGCCGGGCCCGGCGCUGGCCCCGUUCCCCCGAAGGAUGAACCGCCGGAGGCGCUGCUAAAGAGGCUCAUCCACAGUCUCGACCGGCAAAUCGUCGGCGAGCUUUGGAAGGAAUGGGGUCAGCAGCCACCCAACCCAGAUUCGAUCCAGGCGCAGGCUGAGAAGGCGCGCAAAGAGGAGGAGGCGCGCAAGGAAGAGGCGCAAAAGGUCGAAGCCCUCAUGCGUGAAACCGCUGAGCUGCGGGCCAAGUUCCAUCAGCUGCUUGCCGAAAACAAGGAACUCAAACAACAGCAACAAUUCACAGUCAGCACUUACCAAAAAUCUGCGCCUUUGCGCCGCUCCACGCGAACCAAUCCCUUGGCCAACGAGCCUCAACCCUUCGGCACCAACCCCGAUGCCUUGCUGCCAGUGUCAUCUACGGCCAAGGACACAAACUCUGGCCGCAGUUUUCGCACUGCCGAUACAGAUCCUCUCCCCUUGCCACUGCAGCCCGCAAGUGCAGAGACAGCGUCAUCAGCGGCGACGGGCAACGAUCCUACUGCGCAAGCUGACAGCGUCAACAACCACCCGUCUUCACCCUCAACCACCUUGUUGGCAAACGGUGCCAACGGAACGACGAGUGCGGUACAACCUAACGCACUUCCAACAAAGCCAGCCUAUCCGUCCGCCGUCGGAAGGCAACGCCGCCCGCUCCCUAACCACCGCCCGCCGACUAUACGACGCUGAAAAACUGGGGCAGAACCUAGUCAG